UUGACAGUGAGAGAAGAGACUGAGCAUCCACACGCAGCGCAGAGUGGAGCCAGCACUGACGAGCAAAAAAACGCACACACAAAUGCACCGGGUGAAAACGGGAGGCGGACAGAGGCUCCAGCUGUAGCGCGUCCACUGGCCACAGUCAGACAUGUAGGAGGAGGAGGUGCUCUGCUUGCUGUUCCAUGUCCGCUUCAGUCUUCUAAGCACCUCCCACCACCCCCUGCACGCUCGCUCCCUGGCUCUGCAGUUGCCGAGGGGCUGGCUGGAAUGACCCGGGAGAGCGGGAGACACAAGGCGAUGCACUAGACGUGGCUGCCGGCCGGGAGGACUCUCUCAACCUUGAUCCCUCUUUUUCUCCAGGCUGACAGACACAGGGCAGACCUCUGAUCUUCCCCACAGAUGCAUGCCCAUAUAGGAGGGCAUGGCUGUGUAGACCCAGGGUCUUCAUGAAGCACAGCCACAGUGAGAAGGACCAGCACAGAGACGCACAGGUACACACUCCACCAACCAGACGCCUGUGUGUGUGUGUGUGUGUGUGUGUGAGAGAGAGAGAGAGAGAGAGAGAGUCUUUGUGGGAGAUCCCUGCUUUGAAAAAGAACCUCCUGUGCACCAGCCAGCAUUCAGAGAUCGUGAAUGACUGCAAAACAGAGUGAGGCCUUUGCAGUGCAACCCUGUCCCAUGCUGCUCCCCCCUCUCAGGGGAUGGCCAAGGUCCAGGAUGGACAUACGAACGCAUGUGAAAGCUCUGCAAUGUUAGAGGAGAGCCAAGAUGGUAUGGACAGUGGUACCCUAAGUCCUGCCUCAGCUAGACAGGUCACCAUCCAACGCCACCCAACUCAAGGCUUCGGCUUCAUUGCAGGCAGUCAGAGGCCUGUCAUUGUACGAUCCGUCUCUGCUGACGGCCCUUCCUUUGGCAAGCUUCUCCCUGGAGACCAGAUCUUGGCCAUUAACGAGGAGACGGUGAGCGACGCGCCCCGAGAGAGAGUCAUAGACCUUGUAAGACGCUGCAAAGACACUAUAGUUCUCAGCGUGCUGCAGCCCCAUCAGUCACCUAAGUCCGCCUUCAUAAGUGCAGCCAAAAAGGCCCGCCUGCGAACUAACCCGCCUAAAGUGCGCUUUUCAGAGCAAGUGUCCAUCAGCAACCCGGACUCAACAAUGCUUAAGGACGACUCCUUGCUACUCAUACCAAAUGUGUUGAAGGUGUUCCUGGAGAAUGGACAGAUUAAGUCCUUUACGUUCGAUAGCCGUACCACUGUUAGGGAUGUAAUCUCCUCACUGCAGGACCGCCUCUCACUGCGCUACAUUGAGCACUUUGCCUUAGCACUUGAGGCAGGUGGUCUGGAGCAGAAUCAGAGGUUGCAACUGCUGCAGGAGAACCAGCCUCUGACACAUGUGGUGCAUAGAACCUAUUUCCAAGGGAUGAAGUGUCUGUUCCGCGUCUGCUUCUUCCCCAAGGACCCUGCAGACCUGCUGAGAAGGGACCCUGCUGCAUUUGAGUACCUCUAUAUACAGAGUCGCAAUGACGUUAUCAAAGAGCGCUUUGGCAUGGACUGGAAAUCAGACAUCACAUUGCGUUUGGCUGCGCUCCAUAUCUACAUCACUGUGUCUUCGGCAAGGCCCAAUCAGAAGAUCUCACUCAAACAUGUUGAAAAAGAGUGGGGACUAGAGCCUUUCCUUCCCCUUACUCUCCUUCCAACAGUCAAGGAGAAGAAUGUGUGUAAGACCCUGUCUCAGUUGCUGAAGACCUACCAGCAUCCACCACCAUCAGGCAACAAGGUUCCUCCUCUUCAAGGAAAGCUGCAGUACAUGCGUGUACUUAAUGACCUCCCACCUUUCGGGGGAAUACUGUUCCACACCGCUGGACUGGAUGAGAAACAGUCUGCUACAACACUACUUGUGGGUCCUCGACAUGGCAUUAGUCAUGUGAUUGACCUGAAAAACAACCUCACAACAGUCCUGACCGAGUUCAGUAGGGUUGCCAAGAUCCAGCUGUACCGUGAGAGCCAAGGAGUGGCACGUGUGGAGGUGACAAUCCAUGAAGCCAAGCCCCUUGUCCUACUCAUGGAAUGGCCUGAUGCUAGUAACUUUGCAUGCCUCAUCUCUGGCUACUACAAGCUGUUUGUAGACCCCAAACGGACCAUCUACAUCCGGACUUCUGGUCAGUCUCAGCUGACCAAGGCAGAUUACAGAAGCUCCCACCAUGCCCACCCACGUUCCGGGGCAACCAGCUUGUCAAGUGGAGUUCGGCGAGGGGACGAGAGGGAAAACUCGCACAGGGAGUCAGGUUCUUCAAGGGCCCUAGUUCCAGCAGAGCCUCAGCAUCUAGGGCUGUGUCAUGUCCACCUUCGAGAACAACAACAAUUUCAGGAUAUCCAAACUCACACUGAACUUGACAUCAAUGAGAACUUUAUUUCUCAGGAGCCCCCAGGGCGGCCGCGCACCAAGUCAGACCCCACCCAGCAGAGUACAGAGGAAAUAGCUGGGGUUUUAGAGAGCCCAGCAGUGGAGAAUGCAGGAUUUAGAAUCCGGGCCCAAACAAUGGGUCAAUCCCAGAAAACUUCACGAUACUUCUGUGACUCCUGCAAAGCCAGGCUUAGGGCAGAGGGUUUGUCAGGAGUAGUGAACAGUAGUGGGAGCUCUGGGAAAUACUGUUCCAGUGCUUGUGCCUCCCGAGAUGGAGGUGCUGUUGAUCUCAUGGCCCUUCCACCACCAGGAAAUGAAGAAGAGGAGGGGGAGCAGGAGGUAGACGGAGGAGGAGAGAUGCUGCAACCACCACCACCUGCUAUUGCUGCCCCACCACCUGGAUUCAGGGAUAACAGUUCAGAUGAGGAUGACCCAAAGAGAGGGAGGAAGGCGCGAACCAGUGCCAGCUCAGCAGUCGCCUCUGGGAAGCUGGGCCAAGCCAAGGAAGAUGUGCCUGUGACACUAAUUGAUAAUGUGACUACGAGAACAGUCCGAGAUCAUGCCCAGGAGCUUGAUGAUGCUCUGGUGUCAACCUUACAGGCGCUAGAGGCUUUGGCAGCUUCUGAGGACUACCCCCAUCACCCUCAGCAGCCAACACAGACUGCAGGGCUGAUUGUCUUAGCUGCCAUUACACCUGAAUCAUCAUUGGACUCAGGCCAUGAGACAAACUCCUCAGAAUUGACAGAUGUUUCUGAGAUGGUGUCGGCUAUGAAGCAGAACCAGAACCAGGCCUACCUGCUGGCUCACCAUAUCAACAAGGAACGUAUUCUCUGCCGUCGAGAUUUUCCCCUGGCUAUCCCUGGGUGCACGGCAAAAACCAUAGGAACGGGGGCCUUCUCUGUGGGUCAGAUUCGUUCUGGCUGUCCACCCAAGCAAGUAAUCCUCAGCAAGACUGUUCCCUUUAAAGUAAGUUCCAGUCAAGACUCAGCAAUACUCAGUGUAGUGACAGAGCAAGAGGGCAAACAAAAUACUACUAAGACUGAGCAGAAAGCAGAAAUGAAAGAGUCCACCAAAGCAAACACCCCUGAUCCCCCUUCUAAGUCACCCGAAGAACUUAAAGUGUCUGAUGCUUCACUGACAGCUCAAGUUAGUAAAGACAAGAAGAUAACAAAUUCAUCUGAGGAGACACUAUGCGAAAAUCUUUCUGAGGGUAUAAAGGGGAAGACAACAGCGCCUCUUAAUACAGACCCAAGCAACAAAGCCUUACCAAUCCUCUUGCCUGUGGACAGAACUGCCUCUGCCAAGAUUUCCCCCACAAAAAUGUGCCACGAUGCCGAAACUGCCUCUAGUGAGACCAUUAAGCCUUCAUGCUCUACAGAACUUCUGCCAGUUGACGACCUUUUCUGCACAUGCCCAGUGAAACAGGAGUCAGGGCCACAACCAAGACUGAAAGACCCACAGAUUCAGAAGGUAGUGGUGUUUCAAUCCUCCUCCCCCACAGAUGAAGAACGUCUUCGGGCCAAAGGCCUCCAGCUGGCUAGCAGCAAAGAAAAUGCAGUAAGAGUAGGAGCAGAUCCCAGUUUGGCAAAACCCUGCCCUCAAAUACAAACCAAGUACUCCCCCCGUUUGCCUAUUAAAGCAGAGAGAGAAGAAGCAGCUGAAAGCAAGACUGACGUUUCACAGGGCAAAUCCCACCCUGAGUCACAGAAAUGCCCCAUGAAAUCCUUCCCUAUAUUAGAUGAUCCAACAACCCCUAGCCCAUCUGUAGAACUGGUAUCCACUCUCCCAGCCAGAGAAUCAAAGAAGCAAAGCAAUGGUAAGGGGAAGUCCCAGCGCAGCGCCCCUUUCUUGAGCUUUAGAAACCUUCUUUCAGCUACGUUUCCAGCAAGAAUGCGAAGAGAAACAGAUGAGCGAAGGGCUCAGUUGCAGAAAGUCCGCCAAUAUGAGCUGGAGUUUUUAGAGGAGCUGCUGAAACCCAAGUCAUCCCAGGGAGAAUUUUUGCCCCCGGGAUCCUCACCUGUGCCCUCAGGGACUCCUUGUGCCUGCCAGCUUCGCACCAGCCCCGUCUUAAAGGCACCAGGUAUCUCCAGGGAGCAGAGACGCAGCUGUGACUGUAAAAGAAUGUGUAGGGGCAUGCGACUUCCUGACACACCAGUAGGCUCAACAACAGAGACACCACACCGAGGAAGAGAGAGAACUAUCUCAAAGACUCCUCCAGCAGUCUCCAAAGCCCAUCACACCCAAGGUGCUACAAGGAGACCUCAGACCUUAGAGAUUAAGACCACACGAAUACGCUCUACCAGCCUUGAGUCAAGAGAGCCAAGAGGAGAGCAGGGCACCUGCUUGCCCACCUGUACUUCUCAAACAGAUUGUAUGGGAGCUCCACAAUACAAGAAGCUCCAGAGGCGAUACAGCAUUGGAGAACUGGAUAAUAGCACUAGUGCACCUGUGUAUGCUGAGGUGAAGCCUAAAGCCAAGAGUCUAGAGAAGGAGAUGGAGAGAGUGAGGGCCACAGGACUAAGGCUCCCCACCCCAGUAGAGCCAGUCCACACUCAGUCUCACCAGAUAGAGGGGAAGGGGAAAAAGGGUGUGUUUUUUAUUCAGGGAGAAGAGCUACUUUGUGAAGGUAAAGAGGUGACUGGUGAGGUGCUGCUGACCUUACCAAGUGAAGACAGUGAUGACAAGGAUAAAUGCUGUUCAUUCUGUUUCUGCUACAGGAAGUGUGAGGCAGCAGAUGAAAGCAGUGAGAAGGAUGAACUCUCAUACUCCAUACCCCUUCAGGUCCUUCCAGGAAUGGAGUUAGACUCAAAUACCUUUCCUGUAGUAAGCAAAACAUUGCAGGUUCUUAAUGCAGAGGACUGCAGUGGGGAGGAAGAGGAGGAGGAGGAGGAAGAGGAGGAGCCACAGACACAGGAGAUUGACCUAAGAGCCUGUAGUACACUAGAGGGGAGCCUGGCACGGGUACAGGCUCUACAAGGAAAAACAUUCAGCUUACCUGACGGUUUUCUAAAUGCCCAAUUGGAUGCUAAUGAGUUGCUAGCUAUCCUUCGUCAGUGUGCUAACACCCCACAAGCUGAGGGAGAGGCCCGUCUCCAGCCCUCACAUAUUGCAGAGUACAAACAGGAGCUGGCUGUGCGCUUCAAAGAAUUCAGAGCAUCUUGUCGACGAGUGGCAAGUGUUGAAAAAAGCCCAACACGUAUGCUUGCUGUUGUCUCAGCUAGCUUUCAAGUAUUGUGUGAACUUACUCAAACCUUCAUUAAAUUGGUCAGAGGGGUUCGAUCAGAGGCCCAAAGGCUGCAGCUGUUGAGAAAAGUUGAGGAAGUAGCUAUCAACUACACUUUGCUUCUGCGGGCAGCAGAAGAAUCAAUGGGACACUCAAGCAGCCUGCCAACAAAGACAAUGAGCCCUCAAGUUUCCGCCAACACCAAUAACAUGAGCUCCCUUACUCGACCAAUCAAAACUCUGCCUCCCCAGUAAAAAUAAUUCUGGCAGGAAUGUAAUCACAACAGUCCAGAAUGUGGCUGGCUACUCUAUCCAAAUUCAUUAUUUAUUCAUUGUUUACAUUUUUUUACAAGACGUGCAAUGAAUCAUCCUCAGUAAAAAUUACAAUGCAGCUGUUCCAUCCCAUGUUUACAGGCCCUGAGGUAGCCUUGUGGAUCUUGUUUUGAAAUCUAAAGAUACACCAAACUAAUGCACAAUGGAAUAAGAACUCUAUGACAGACUGGGUGAUACAGGGCUAAUCACCACAUAUUAAUAUUCACAAUAUAAAUAAGUCAUUAAAUUAAUAUUUUAUAUGUAAUGUAUAUUUGAGUUGAGUCUACUUAGCAAAUAAUUUUGUGAAGAAAAAAAGGUUAAGAAUAUAUUUGAAAUGUACUAAGUUAAGAGAACUAUAACAAAUCAUCAGAAAUAUGUGUAUGCACUGGAUAAAAAUAUAUCAGAGAUCUCGUCAAGUAGCGACUUCUGUAAAUGGCGUAGUCCAAAGCGUUGGUUGGUUAGAUGGUAAUGUGUUUGUUUGUUUAAAUAACUAACUGUUGUAACACAAAAUGGAGAUCUCUGUUGGCUAUGUUAACAGUGUCUGGCAUACUGAUACAAGAGUCAUAGUGCAAGUGACAGUGUUUGAAAAUUAAAACCACUGAAAGACAAGUAUGAAAUACAAAAAUAUACUGACUGACUGACAAGCCCUUUCUCUCUCUAUAACUGUGCAGGUAUGAAACUCACCUGCUGGGGGCAGACAAUGUAGCAGAGACCCAAGUCACAGUCCACUGUACAGUAAAGAGUGUUGUUACCUCACUCAACUGAAGAGGAGUACCCACACUGUACCUAAUAAUGCACAUAGUGUAUUUUACACCAACACUGAUCAAUAGCUCACUUGCAUCUCACAUUGUGAAUCAUAGUUUUAGACAUAGCCACCCACUUGCAAGUGACUACACGUAUCGCUAGGAUUUUGCACAACAUCUCAAAGUCGCUCUGAAGUUGAAAUGUAUGUAUUUUAAUGUUUAAUUCAGCAUUUUUUUUAUUCAUUCUGCUGCUGAAAAACUCACUUGAGGGCACACCACCAGUUUUACAUAAUUCAUCUCCUCAAGGCUAUAGCUUAUUCAUUUCAAAAGACCAUUUGUUUUUAUUCAGGUUUUCAGAAACAAAAUGAUCAAAUUUGCUUUCUAUGUGCUGUUAUACAUUGUGCAAUCUAGCAAAUAUAUAAGAAACACACAAAGUAGUUUUCUAUGUAUUUUAAUAAAACUAACACAUCUGUUUCCUGUCUGAAAUCUCCUUUGUGUCUCAUCCUCUUGUUAUUCCUGGAAAUUAAUCACAGAUGCUUUAUAAUUGUGCUGGCCUUACAUGUAAACUGGACAUACUGUUUAAAAAAAGUGCUGUGAAACCAAAUUAAUAGUGGCAACAGGGCUGCCAUAGUACUAAAGCAAAAAUUCCGUAUUGCUCUGUGUUGCAAAAAACGAAUGGGUCACUCCUUUGGAAUUAUAUUUGUCUUUUUUAAAUAUUGUGUAUGAGGUAAACAUCCACCCUGACACAUGGUAUUUAACUUAAUCAUCUUUGAAUCAUGUUUUUUUUUAAAGUUUAAUGAUAAGAAACUAAUUCCAUGAUGCUUAAUGCCUUACAGUAUAAAUACUGUAGUUUAACACAAACCUACAAAUCAAUAGUGGUGUUCAUUUAACUGUACAUAAUAUUUUAUAUCCAGAUUACCCAGUUAUAAUAAGUUAGUAACUUUCAAUAUCAAAAGGAAAUCAGGAUAUCAGCUUUGUUGCAAUUCUUUUCUUGGUUUCACUACACAUUUGUGGUGUUGACGAGCACUCUCAUUUAACAGUUUUUCCUUAGCUGUUGAUGUGGCACUUUCCAUAACCAUACCCAGUGUUCUCUCUUUCACUAUACUGCAUGUUUUCCCUUACGUAUUUGACUUUCAGGGCCAGAUACUUUGACCAUUGAAGAGGAUGAUACCGUUUGUUAAGAUCAUUCUCCAAUUUUAAAGUGGAAAACAGGAAAAAAUUAGAGGCUGUGGUAGCAACAUGUUAAUGUUUUGCAAAUGAUAUUUGGUAUGGAAAUGUAUUAUUCUACACUGUUAUGUAAAUAAUAAGAUAGAAUAUUUGAGAGACUAAGAAAAACUUUUAAAACAUUAAGAUUUAUUCAAACUGUAUUUUGUAAAAAGGACAAGAUAAAACAUGUCUGUUAGGUAAUUAUUUAUAGUAGUAAUGUAACAUAGACACUAAUAGCAAAACAUAUAUUUUAAAGGGUAUAUUAUGAGUAUAAAGCAUGAGACAUGUUUAUUUUUAUAAACCAAAAUAUCAGACAGUGCUCUCUCAUCAGCACUUGACCAUUUUAACAUUACAAUAAACAUUUUCUGUGGUUGUCAUUGUUGCAUUGCUUUGCAAUACUGUGUGGAUUUGUCUGUUUCAUUCACAUGAUGAGCCCGCCAUGGCUUAAUCCAUUGUUUCUUUAUGUGCACCUGUUCAUUCCUGUUUUUAUUUACUGUCAAUGAUCUUGUCGUCACUGUGGUCUUCUGUCUGUGUACAAAGUUAACUCAUGUUUUAAGAGCAAUAAAGUAUAUUAUAUAAACUC